AUGUCCACCACGUAUUCUGGCCCGGUGGCUUUUCUUCUGCUCUUAUCUGUCCUAUGCUGGUGGUUCCUGUCGCCUCGCCCCUCCAAACUAUCACUGCCGCCAGGACCGUCACUCCUCAAUCCAAUGAAUCUGCCCAAAAGGGCUGUCUGGCAUACAUUACAUGAUAUGCACAAGAAGUAUGGUCCCAUAUUCAGUCUGAAGUUAGGGAGCCGGACAGCCAUCGUGGUGGGUGAUCGUCAAAUGAUCCAUGAUCUCUUGACAAAACGCGGAAACAACUACAGCUCCCGGCCCCGUUCCAUCCUAUCCGACAAGUACCUCACCAAGGGCCUCCAGCCUGGUACAAUGGAUUACACCCCCAUGAUGAAGGAUAUCCGGCGGGGCUAUACCCACCUUCUAAAUCAACAGAGGUCUCAAGAAUAUCGACAGAUCCAAGACUUGCAAAGCAAACAUCUCGUAUACAAUCUUCUUUCGACCAAUGACUUCCCUGCUGCAUUCCAUACUUUCACAGUCAGCGUUACGGUCGCCCUGAUUUAUGGUGAAAGUACCAGCGGGGUUGGAGAAUUCUCCGAAGAUAUUGCGCACACGAUCGAGUUGAUAAAGGCCUUGAAACAGGCACAAACCGGUCUCGCCUCAGCUCUUGCUGAUGUCUUUCCUAUCUUGGAUAGGCUUCCAAGAUGUCUUUCGAGAUGGAAAGAUAGGGCUGAACUGAUUCACUCUAACGGAAAACGUGCAUAUACCAACUCUAUGAAGGCUGCCCUCGAACGGGACGUAUGGUCUUUUAGCCGCGAGCUGUUUGAGAAAAAGGAGACCCGAGACCUCUCCACUGAACAGCUUUCCUUUGUCAUCGGAGAUAUAUUCAUGGGUGCCUUGGACACAAUUGAGACGACUCUCAAGAUAUUUGUCAUGAUAUGUUUACUUCAUCCAGAUACUGUGCAUGAAGCACAAAAAGAGCUGGACUCAGUGGUCGGUCGAGAAAGAUUACCAUCAUUCGAGGACAGAAACAGGCUUCCUUAUGUCAAUGGAUUCAUUUCUGAAGUCAUGCGUUGGCGGCCACUGGUACCUAUUGGUGGCCCGCGUGCACCUGACAGGGAUGAUGAAUACAUGGGAUAUUUUAUUCCGGCAAAAUGCACAAUAAUUGCAAACCAGUGGGAGCUUGACCACGAUCCCAAAACUUUUGAUAACCCUGAGUCUUUUCAGCCCGAAAGAUGGAUCAAGAAUCCAAAUCUCCCGCUCUCUGUCUUUGGAUUUGGAAGAAGAGUGUGCCCAGGGCAAACAGUGGCAAUGAACAGUCUGUUCACUACCAUCUCCCGCUUAUUGUGGGCAUAUGAUAUAACUUCCCCAGACAAUACGCUCGACAAGGUGAGGGCAGCAGAUUACACCGGUAGCUCGGGUGUUUUAUACUCUCCAGGGCCCUUUGAGGCCUUGUUGUGCGUGCGAAGCCCCGGACACCAGCAGGUAAUCGAAAAAGAAUGGGAUACGGCGGAUAAGGAUGUCAACCAAAUGCUUGCAGAUAUCAAGACGAAUGCAUUUAGCAAGAGCUGA